AUGCCUGUGUCUACUGAGGUCGCCGAGUCCAAGAUGUCUGUACUUCAGCGUUUCCCGCCGGAGAUAGUGUACACCAUCGUAAUGGGCGUCCUCGGAGAGCAGUUAGACAGUAUCGUCUAUGGUACCCCUGAGCAGCAGCAGGAUGUAGACGACGCAAACCCUUCGCUCGCGCUGCUACAUCUUUGCCAUGGCUUCCGCGUCUGCACCGUUGAAGUGCUCAGGCACAUGUGGUCUCCGAAGCGUGACGGCGGAAGCACGCACAACUUCAUUCCUUUCCUUCGCCAUUUGCGCGCUCUUUCGCAAGCGAAGCAGGAAAGCGAGCUCAAUGCUCUAUCCGCGAAUGUACCAGACGGCGCGGCGGAGUCGCCCGUGUACACGAUCAUCUCGCAAUAUCUGUUCAGCUGCCGUUUCUUUGAUGCAUGGGCGUCUUCGGUGCGCGAUGGGCGUCGAGAAGUUCUUGCUCGCGAUGCGCACAGGCUGGAAUGGAGCAUUGUCGUAGAGAAGUUCGGUUCCAUGCCAGUAUGGGUGCGACACAACAUCCUUGGCGCAGUAGCCACGGCCGCGAUCCACCGUGCGAUGUACAACACCAAGAUGCUCUCACUGAGCCUUGCUUGUGUAUCCAUCUCCAAUCACCUGGCAAACACAGAAGUAGACUGGACGCAGCUCGCGUUCAGCCGCAUGCUCUCUGAUGUCUACACCGAUAAUGGCUAUACAUCCGGCAUAAUCGUCUGUGGCAAUUGUCAGGGAGCAGUCGAACGUGCGGCGGCGGUAAACAUCAACUGUCGCGUGCCAGCCCUCUCUCCGGAAGAUAUAGACCUCGCCAGUGGGCCCGCGGCCUACAACGCCAUCGCCGAACUUCAGAGCAAGGGCGGAUUUGAUCCAGCGGCAGCAGUGAAGAUGCGCAAGGCGUUGCCUGCCUUUGCGUACCUCAGCAAGGCGGAGGUGAUGGCGGGGUUCCCUUACAGCUCGCCGCCGCAGACGCCUGCUGCUGUCGAGGUCAGCGAGGACGCCGUCAUGAGUGCAGGGGCCGUACCUGUCGCUGGGUUAACGGAGACAAUGAGCGCUGUAGACCCUGCGCCGACUGUCGUAGAAGCAGCUUUGGUUUAG